CACUCGUGACGUCACUGUGGUUUGUAAGAAGUCACGUGACCCUAGCAGGUCUGGAUAAAACCCGCUGCUCGGGAAUACGCCGCGGCGUCCACAAACCACACCGUGACGUGUUUUGUCCUUAUUUUCUCAUCAUUUGUGUCGGGAAGAGAAGGAUACAUCUGAACGUGCAUCGCGUGUCGUCGCCAGACAUCACGGCGAAGGAUUAUCAUCAUCACGUCACGUCGUGUCAUCGCUCGUUCUGAGACGUGAGUGAGUACAUUCACAUCCUUCACUUUGGGAAUGGGAAAUGAUGGAGGAUAAAGCACCUCGUGUAGCCGACUACUUUGUGGUUGCUGGCCUCACUGACUCGUCCAAACUUUUGGAGGAGGAGCUGCACUUUGAUGAUACCAGUCCCAAAUCUGUCAAACCCAAAGCGCCAAUCACGGAUGUUGCCGUUGUGAUCCGCUCCCUGGGCGAAGAGGUACCCUCUGGCUUCACCUGUGUCGAAAGCACUCCCUCAGGAUUGUCUGCAGAGCUCAAUGGAGCCAGCAUCAGGGGCCCACAGAUAUUCCUGUGCUUCAAACGAGGCCGAGAUAAGCCUCCACUGACAGAUCUUGGGGUGUUGUAUGAGUGGAAAGAAAAGCUGAAACCUGGAUGUCACAUCGUCCAGACCACACCCUCAGGUCGUCCUGCUAACAUCAGCAGCUCAUCGUCUCAGCGCAUUUACAUCACCUAUCGUCGCGCUCCAAAGAGCCAGCUCCACACCUCACUAGCCGUCACUGAUGUCUGUGUCAUUGUCCCCGGGAAGGGGGAGACGCCUCCUCACACCUUCUGCAAGGUGGACAAGAACCUCAACAGCAGCAUGUGGGGAUCAUCUGUCUACCUGUGUUAUAAGAAGUCUUUGGCAAAAGCAAACACUAUUGCAUGCAAAGCAGGUUUGAUGUGCCGGUACCCCGAAGAGGACCAUGAAUCCUUCCCACUGCCUGAGUCGGUGCCUAUGUUCUGCCUGCCCAUGGGGGCAACAAUUGAGUGCUGGCCUGUACACACCAAACAUGCCCUUCCUGUUUUUUCAACAUUUGUACUGACAGGGGCUUCAGGAGAAAAGGUGUACGGAGCAGCGAUCCAGUUUUAUGAGCCUUACUCAGAGGAGAAUCUGUCGGAGCAUCAGCUGUCACAGCUCGGCCUGCUUAGCUCUGAUCUCGGACCCGGCGGGACCAGGAGUGUUUACAGCAACAAGAGCAUCUGUCUCCUUUCCCACUGGCCUUUCUUCCAGUCCUUUAGGAGCUUCCUAACUUUUCUCUACCGUUACUCCAUAUCUGGACCACACGCCCUGCCCAUUGAAACGCACAUCUCCCACUUCAUGCAAAAUGUGCCAUUCCCCUCUAUCCAGAGGCCACGCAUCCUUGUGCAGCUCUCUCCACAUGACAGCCUGAUACUGAGCCAACCAGUGUCCUCUCCACUUCCACUCAGUGGUGGGAGCCUCUCUACAUUACUAUUAAAUCUAGGCCCGAAAAAUGCAGCCACUCUGCUGGUGUUGGCCGUCACUGAGCACAAGAUCUUGGUUCACUCUCUGCGCCCUGCAGUACUCACCAGUGUUACAGAGGCGCUUGUGUCUAUGAUUUUCCCCUUCCACUGGCCAUGCCCAUACAUCCCUCUGUGCCCCCUUGCCCUGGCGGGUGUACUCAGUGCACCUUGUCCUUUCAUUGUGGGGGUAGAUUCUCGGUAUUUUGAUCUGUACGUGCCCCCAGCUGAUAUCAGCUGCGUGGAUCUGGACACCAACACAAUUUCCCAGAAAGAAGACAAGAAGGCUUUGACGUGGAAAAUAUUGCCCGGAAGAGCCUGCAAACAUCUUUUAAAUUCCCUAAAUAAACUCCAUCAGCAGCUCACAGAGGGUGGUCACUUUAGCCAUGAAGAUGUCCAGAUGGAGCAUGCAGUGGCUGACAGAGAGCUCAACGGUGGGAAGAGUCUUCAAACUUUGGAGCUGGAGAUCCAGGAGGCCUUCCUGCGCUUUAUGGCGGCCAUCCUCCGAGGUUACCGCUCCUACCUGCAGCCCAUCACCCAGGCCCCCUCUGAGAAAACCACUGAUGUCAGCUCCCUUUUUGACAUACAAGGCUUCUUGAAAAGCAGAGACCGCUCCCAUCAGAGGUUCUACUCCCUCAUGACUAAGACUCAAAUGUUCAGCCGUUUCAUAGAGGAAUGCUCCUUUGUCAGUGACAAAGAUGCAAGUCUGGCUUUCUUUGACGAGUGCGCUGAUAAGCUCUCCACAGGAGCCAAGGUGGAAAGUGAAAAGCCAGAAGACGCCAGACUGAUAGAACUGGACGAAUCCCAUCGCAGCGAGCACACAGUGUACAUCAACCCUCCAGAGCUGCCUCCCCUGCCAGAGGGAGAGGAGCAUCCACUCUGCUACAGCUACUCUGGCUUUCCUGUGAUAAACACUGAGCUUCUAGAACCACUUAAAGGACCAAACCCUCCAUCAUCGGGCAAUACUUUACGCCACAGCAACCCAGCCAGUCCAGUAGCCAUCUUUAGACGCUCCAAACAGGAGAUGAAAUCUGCUCAAAAGAUGGCGCAAACCUAUUCAUCCAUGCCUCAGAUGUGGUCCAAAUGUCUGCUACGCCACUGCUACGGCCUGUGGUUCAUCUGCCUGCCUGGUUUUGUCGAUACAUGUCCCUCUAAAGUGCGGGCUCUACGCAUGGCUUACGAUGUGCUAAGAAAGAUGCAGGAUAAGAAGCUGCAGGCUCUAGAUGAGGUUUGUUAUCGUGUGUUGCUGCAACUAUGUGGUCAGUACAGCCAGCCAGUCCUGGCAGUUAAGGUGCUUUUCGAGAUGAAAAAGGCUGGAAUUCAGCCCAAUGCCAUCACCUAUGGCUACUAUAACAAGGCGGUGUUGGAGAGCACAUGGCCUUCCACCACCAGAGGAGGUUUCUUUUUGUGGGGGAAGCUGAGAAAUGUGGUCUUGGGUGUCGGCCAAUUCAAGCAAGCAGGGAAGAAACAGACCACACCGCACAGAGAAACCCAGCUGUCAGAUGGCAGUGACCUCGACACAGUCAGCCAUGGCAGUCUGGACAGUGCUAAUGACUCUGCUGAGCGCACUUCCAUCGACGCAGACUUCAACAAAAUGGAUUCCAGCGAUGAUGCAUUUAGCACAAGUGGACAGUCGGACCAAGGCUAUGAUUCCUUGUCCAAGGAGGAGGAGAAGAUGUUUUGCAGAGAAAGUGAAAACACUCCUGUGGUAGAGGACAAAGGAGCAAAGCAACACAGCAAUGCUGACAUUCUGGUUUCCAGUCCAGCGUUCAUGCCAAGUGGAGCUAUGACUCACAGAGAGAGGCCAAAGUCUCUCGACUUGCCAUUUGGAUCGCCAGCACUUAAACUCACGGUGCCGCAGCUCAGCUCCAGCAAGCAGCAUCACCUUCCUGCUGACAAACUGGGCGGGUUGGAGGAGGAGAAGUCAGAGAGCGAUGUUGAACAGAAGCGGACAAGACAAAGCACGAGCUGCUGCGUUGGUACGGCUGGUCGGACAGAUAUUGAAGCGGGCUUUGAUCCACUUUCGCUAAUGGCGACGGUGCAGGAACAGAGUCAGGAGAGUGGAAGCACACCUAGUAGUCGGCGUGAGCUGGCAGAAGAGAUUGAGCUGUACAUGAACAAUAAAAACAGCCCUCUGAGGAGCCGCGCUCCCAGUGUGGACCUGCAGAGCCUAUCAAGUCCCUCUUCACAGUCCACCCGACCGCCUGUCCUGAUCCGCUCAAACACACACCUCCCGUUGCCCGUCAAAUCUCGAGAGCGGCUCAGGACGUCACCAUCUCUCCCUCUCGGUGUGUCUAACAAAGGCAGGGAGAGGCCUUCCUCUUUAGUGUUACCCUCAUCCCCCAGUCCCUCUUCCUCCUCCUUCUCCAUGGAUUCCCUCUUCACACCCACCCUGGACAGCUUCAAGAGUAGCGUCUUCUUAGCAGGGAAAGGUGUCGCAGAAAAGGCAAGCCGCCUCUACUCCCGCCUGUCCUCCCAGACAUCAUUAACACUGGACUCAAACUGCGAUCGCGUCAGCGUGUCCUCGCUCACCUCAGGGGAGGUGGACUGCUCUUCGCUUCUUGAUAACGACUCCUGUUUGGAUGCAGACGGCUUCACGUCCCCGCAGCACAUCGGCACAGCGCGACUCAGGAGGAGCCCCAUAGCGGGCCACACCCACCUGAGCAGCCCCGUCUCCCCAGGCAGGGUGUUCCGACACAACUCAUUCUCUGGUGGUUUGGCACUUCCCUCUCGAAGUUUUAACACUCCAGAUUCCUCUCCCGACAUAAAUCGCUUCCAGUCCUGUGCCACUUACAGUAUAGAGGUAAUGAUGUCCAGCUGCUCCCUUUGCAAGACAUGUGACUCUCUGGUCUAUGAGGAGGAAAUCAUGGCCGGCUGGACGGCCAACGAUUCCAAUCUGAACAGCACGUGUCCCUUCUGUGGCUCGGCUUUUCUGCCUUUCCUCAAUGUUGAGGUCAAAGAUCUAAGACCCCAAAGCAGAUGUUCCCAGGAAUCUAAUCCCGUUACCAACCAGGAUUCAUCCGAAACCAAAAUGUCUGCAACAGAACAUGCUGGGACGUCUUCAGCAGUGACGGUGCCUUACCUGAGCCCUCUGGUUCUUUGGAAGGAGCUUGAGAGCCUGCUGGUGAACGAAGGAGACCAGGCCAUCUACUCCCCAGGAGUAGUGGACCAUCACCCCAUUGUCUUCUGGAACCUUGUGUGGUUCUUUAGAAGACUGGAGCUGCCCAGUAACCUGCCAGCUCUUAUUCUGGGAUCCCAACACUGUUGCCAUGGCAAUCAGACAAUUUCCAGUGUUUCUUCGGAGGACAGCAAGCAGGUUCUUGUCAGGAUUAUGUGGGACAACCUGAAGCUGCAUCGAGACAAAGUCCAUCCUUGUUACGUCCUGUGGAACACACAUUGCGCCAACUCCCUGGUUCGCUCCGGCCUGUGUGAAGAAGGCCAGCUCUUCACUGUGGAGCUGCUACAGAGUUUGGUGAGAAGCAUGAAGAAGAGCGAUGUCUAUCAGCCCAUGAGUCACGUGAUCCAGCUGCUGGGGUCUGAACUGGGCUUUAAAAGACAGAGGAGCCUGUACAGAGAUUUGUUAUUCCUGGCUCUGGUAUCUUUGGGCAAGAACAACAUCAAUAUCAAUGCCUUUGACCGGGAAUACAAGCUGGCCUAUGACCGCCUCACCCCCAGCCAGGUCAAACUGACUCACAACUGUGACCGCCCCCCUGGAGCCGGGGUCAUGGAGUGCAGGAGGACUUUUGGGGAGCCCGGUCUGUAAAUCACAUUAUUUUUUUAAAAUGUGUUUUUAGACUUCAGACUCAGGACCAGCUCACCUGAGCUUUUUUAAGCACAACUGGAAAAUGAAGACUGCCAUGAUGACUCCCGGUACUGUUAGUGCUGAGAGGUGUGCAGCAGUGACUAAAUGUGGAGGACUUAGUUUCCACUGCAUUUUCACUAUAUCUACAAGUCAACUGUUUGUACAGUUAGCAUACAUUUUUUAUGAAUUUGUUUUGUAAAAAGUAUGUAAAGAAGGUGUAUUAUAACACGUUGUCUAAAAGGUCCUGGUGACCCGACUAUUGUUGAGUGUGCAGAACAAACAGACAUUGUUGUUUUUAAAGCACUUGGACAAGAUCCGCUCUUUGCAUUGGCCUAGCAGCCAAAGAUGGACAUUUUAAAUGUUGUAUUGUUGUAAUGUGCAGUUUACCACAAGCAAAUACAUUCCUCCUUAAGCCCGCUGUGUGUACACCUGAAGACACGAAGUAGACCAGGGGUCCCCAAACCUAUUGACUCUGACCAGGGGCCAGGCCAACUAUUUGUGUGUGU